AUGUGUCCUCUCAGAUUCAUCCUCGUUUUCCUCUCUGCAAUUCUCGCCGGAUACUUCGCCUGGAGAUCCGCUUCUUCUUCUUCUUCUUCUUCUUCUUCUUCUUCCUCAUCGGACAUUUUUCAGGCGACUGAAGAUUCUGAUAAAUCGCCGGCGGAAACCGAGAAUCGAAGCGUAACGGAGGACGGAUUCGGAUUGAAGAGGACGAUUCAGAACGGAUUCUGGACUUUCGUCGACAUGGCGAGCGGGAGAUUCCUGUGGAGGAAUUUGAACGCUUCGAUUCUCAACAAAAACAAGCAGGUUAAGGAAGAUUCAGAGUAA